CUUCACAAAUAAAAAAUGGAUGACGAAGACGUUGCAGCUUUAGUUAUCGACAAUGGAUCGGGAAUGUGCAAGGCCGGAUUCGCCGGAGACGAUGCCCCCAGGGCUGUGUUCCCCUCCAUUGUUGGACGACCGCGGCAUCAGGGUGUAAUGGUCGGUAUGGGGCAGAAGGACAGCUAUGUGGGAGACGAGGCCCAGAGCAAGAGAGGUAUCCUCACCCUGAAAUAUCCCAUUGAACACGGCAUCGUCACAAACUGGGACGACAUGGAGAAGAUCUGGCAUCACACCUUCUACAAUGAACUCCGUGUGGCCCCAGAGGAACACCCUGUUCUUCUGACCGAGGCUCCACUUAACCCAAAGGCCAACAGAGAAAAGAUGACACAGAUCAUGUUCGAAACCUUCAACUCCCCCGCCAUGUACGUCGCUAUCCAGGCUGUACUUUCCCUGUACGCUUCCGGUCGUACAACUGGUAUUGUACUCGACUCUGGAGACGGUGUAUCUCACACAGUACCCAUCUACGAGGGAUACGCCCUUCCCCACGCCAUUAUGAGACUGGAUCUCGCUGGACGUGAUCUGACAGACUACCUCAUGAAAAUCCUUACAGAACGCGGUUAUUCCUUCACAACCACAGCUGAAAGAGAAAUCGUCAGAGACAUUAAAGAGAAAUUGUGCUAUGUUGCUUUGGACUUUGAAAAUGAAAUGCAAACAGCAGCAUCGUCAUCGUCCCUAGAGAAGAGCUAUGAACUCCCUGACGGACAGGUCAUCACUAUUGGCAACGAGAGAUUCAGGUGCCCAGAAGCCAUGUUCCAGCCAUCUUUCCUAGGAAUGGAAUCUUCUGGAAUCCAUGAAACCACAUACAACAGUAUCAUGAAAUGUGAUGUUGAUAUCCGUAAAGACUUGUACGCUAAUACAGUAUUAUCUGGUGGUUCAACCAUGUAUCCCGGUAUUGCUGACCGUAUGCAGAAAGAAAUCACAGCUUUAGCUCCUAGCACAAUGAAGAUCAAGAUCAUUGCUCCACCAGAGAGGAAAUACUCCGUCUGGAUCGGUGGUUCUAUCCUUGCUUCUCUAUCCACCUUCCAACAGAUGUGGAUCAGCAAACAGGAAUACGACGAAUCUGGUCCAUCCAUUGUUCACCGAAAAUGUUUUUAAUGAGAAUUAUUCUAAUUUUUAUUUUAGAUUUAUUAAAAAUGAUACAUUUU